AUGCCAAAAGACUGCUAUCCCCUCCCGAGGAUCGAUCAACUGGUCGACGCAACUGCCGGGCAUGCCCGCUUGUCGUUCAUGGGCGCCUUCUCCGGCUACAACCAGAUCAGAAUGGCACCCCAGGACCAAGAGCACACGACUUUUGUCAUCGAUCUAGGAGUGUAUUUCUACAAGGUCAUGCCAUUCGGGCUGAAAAACGCGGGUGCUACCUAUCAGAGGGCCGUGAACAAAAUGUUUGCUCCACAGAUCGGGAGGAACGUUAAGGUCUAUGUCGACGACAUGAUCGUGAAAAGUCGCAUGGCGGUAGACCACCUGAUCGACUUGGCCGAGACGUUCUCCACACUACGGAGGCACGGCCUGUGCCUAAACCCGGCGAAGUGCGUUUUUGGCAUCAGCUCGGGAAAGUUCCUCAUAUUCAUCGUGCAUGAAAGAGGAAUCGACGUGAAUCUGGAAAAGGUUCGGGCGGUCAUCAACAUGCAGGCCCCCCGGACAAUCAAAGACUUGCAGCGACUGAAUGGAAGGCUUGCUGCCUUAUCCCGAUUUCUAUCCUGGUCUGGUGAUCGCUGCCUCCCCUUCUUCCGGGCAUUGAAGAACCCGAAGGACUUCCGAUGGAUGGUGAAGUGUGAAGAGGCUUUUGGACAAGUCAAGCAACACUUGGCCAACCUCCCCCGCCUUGCCUCGGUUGCUUUUGAGGAAAAGCUCAGCAUUUAUUUAGCCGCCUCCCAGCACAUGGUCAGCUCCGUCCUAACCAAAGAGGCCUCUGGGGAGCAACUAUCGGUCUACUACAUCAGCCAUGUCUUGAAUGGGCCCGAGGAGCAGUAUCCGCCAAUCGAGAAGCUAGCUUUGGCACUUGUGCUGGCAUCCCAGAAGCUGCUCCCCUACUUCCAAGCUCAUCCGAUUGAGGUAAUCACCGACCAACCGCUUCGGCAGGUUCUGUCUAAAUUUGAUGUCGCGAGACGACUCCUCAAGUGGUCGGUAGAACUCGGAGAAUUCAACAUACGUUACGUACCGAAGACUGCUGUCAAGGCCCAGUCCGUGGCCGACUUCAUCGCGGAACUUGUUCAGAAUGAGAAUGAAAGUUCCGAGCAGCUUGAGGAGGCAUGGUUCCUGCACGUGGAUGGCUCGGCUACCUCGAGUAGCGCGGGUGCAGGCUUGGUACUCUCGACCCUCGACGGACGCUCGUUCGAACGCUCCUUCCGCUUCGGGUUCCGAGCAACCAACAACGAAGCCGAAUACGAGGCGCUCCUGGUAGGACUCAAGCUGGCCCUCGAGAUGCAGGUGGAUGCCCUUCACCGACUCGCAGCUCGUGGUCGAGCAACUCGGGUGCCGAGGAGCCAAAAUGAACGAGCUGACGAGUUGGCAAAGCUGGCCUCAAGGCCGGACCACAGAAACCACUCCGAGGUUAAAGAGCUCCCAUUCCGCGCCAUCUCGGUUUCGGCUAUAACUCCUACCGAUGUGCGCGCCACAUGGGUACAGGAGAUGCUACUCUUCAAACGCGACGGGAUUCUUCCCGACAACGAGGCCGCGGCUCGGCGCGUUUGCCGAACGCAGGCAUGGUACUCCGAGGUGAACGGACGGCUCUAUAAGCGGUCCUUCUCGCAACCUCUACUACGGUGCCUCGAGCCGGAAGAAGCUCUGAAGGUCCUAGCCGAGGUCCACGAGGGGAUUUGUGGAGAGCAUAUCGCUGGUCGGACCUUGGCCUACAAAAUCCUUCGCCAAGGAUACUAUUGGCCCACCAUGUCCCGAGACGCGAGAUCCUACAUACAGCUAUGCGGCCCGUGCCAGUGGCACGCCCGAAUACCCCAGCAGCCGACGGUUCCCCUAACCCCCAUCGACUGUGCAUGGUCAUUCGAGCAAUGGGGAUUGGACCUCCUCGGCCCCUUCCCACCGGCCUCAGGGCAACGACGAUACAUCGUCGUAGGUGUAGAUUACUUCACCAAGUGGGCAGAGGUCGAGCCACUGGCAACAAUCAUAGAGCGACAAGUGGAGAAAUUCAUCUGGAAAAACAUCAUGACUCGGUUCGGCUUGCCCGAGGCCAACAUCAUGGACAACGGAUCCCAGUUCACCAGUGCAAGGUUCCGGGAGUUCUGCCCGAACUACGGGAUUCAGCUGAAGUUCAGCUCCGUGGCCCAUCCCCAGACGAACGGGUUGGCCGAAUUGACCAACCGAUCUAUUCUGGACGGACUCAGGAGGAGGGUAUCGGUGGCCCAAUCGGCUUGGGUAGAUGAGCUCCCCAGUAUCUUGUGGUCCCUGCAGACCACCCCCAAGACCGCGACCGGAGAGUCCCCUUACAGCCUCUCGUUUGGGACCGAGGCUGUCUUGCCCCCCGAAAUGGUUUUCCCUACUUCGCGGACGGCAACCUACGACGAAGGGGUAUCGGCCCAGGGACUACGAGCCGAUCUCGACCUGCUCGAGGAACGGCGUGCUGACGCGCACUUGAAGGACCUCUCUUACAAGAGGGCCGUCGCUAGAAUCCAUAACCACAGGGUACAUCCUCGACCAAUUAAGCUAGGCGACUUGGUCUUACGUAAGGCCGAAGUCAGCGACCCGACCCGAAUGCAUGGUAAGUUAGCUCCUAGUUGGGAAGGUCCUUAUCGGGUGACCGACGUUGUUGGGGUCGGUGCAUACAGACUCGCGACAAUGUAG